AGACAAAACAAAGAUUGGGGGACUUUUCAAGUACUAGUGUAAUAAUCAGGCAAACAAAGAGCCGGCCAAACAGUUCUCUAACAUCAUCCCUCAUUUCGCUCAUUACAGAACACAACUUGGUGGAAUCAACUGCUCACCAAAAGGUACUAAACCCUAAUUCAACUCUACAUAUUCCUUGUUUUAAUUUUCAGUUGGUCUUUACAUAUACAUACACAUAUACAUACAAACUGUUUGAUUAUGGCGGCGACGACGGUGGAAGGAGAGGACAGAGUGUUGGCGGCGGCUCAGCAAAUCGUCAAGAGUCUCAACACAUCGAAAGCGUCGACUGAUGAUAUGUUGUUGAUCUUUUCGAGUUUCGAUAAUCGGUUGUCGAAUAUUACUAGUUUGAUUUCUGAUCCGAGGGGUAGUAAUUCGAGAGUGGAUGAUCGGUUUGAGGAGGCGGAGAAGGUGAUUCUGAGGUGGGAUUCGGGUGGGGAGAGGAAAGGGGACGGUGAUCAGAACCGGUGGGAGGAUAAUUUGACUGAGUACUUCGAUGCCGUGGAUGAGGUUAUUCAGUUGACUGAGGAGUUGGCGAUUGGGGAGAAUGGGAAUGAUAGUGAGAUUGCGGAUCGUGCUGAGAGUGCGCUGCAAUUGGCUAUGUCCAAAUUGGAGGAUGAGUUGAGGCAUAUUUUGAUUCAGAAUACGGUCACUCCUGAUUCCGAGAAGCUUCAUGGUUCGAUACGUAGGGGUUCAAUGUCGUUGUCGUCGAUGUCGUUUGCGGAUGGUGGUGGUGUUGGUGGUGGUGGUGGGGAUGCGGAUGGGGAGAGUGUGGGGUUUGGGAGUUUUGGGGAGGAGGAUAGGGGGAGUGAGUAUGGGCAUGAGAGGGGGGCAAGUUUGGGAGAUUUGAGUUUUGAUGUGAUUGAGCCGGAGUGUGUGGAGUUGUUGAAGGAGAUUGCGGAUAGGAUGAUUAGGUCGGGGUAUGAGAAGGAGUGUUGUCAGGUUUAUAGUAGUGUGAGGCGGGAUGUCUUGGAUGAGUAUAUGUCGGUUUUAGGUGUUGAGAGGUUGAGCAUUGAGGAAGUUCAGAGGAUUGAUUGGAAUUCGUUGGAUGAGAAGAUGAAAAAGUGGGUUCAGGCUAUAAAGAUUAUGACUAGGGUGCUUUUGGCUGGUGAGAAAAGGCUUUGCGAUGAGGUUUUUAGUGAGUCUGAACUUAUUAGAGAGGUUUGUUUUAUUGAGACGGCUAAAGGGUGUGUGAUGCAGCUUUUGAAUUUUGGUGAGGCUGUUGUGAUUGCGAGAAGGACGUCGGAGAAGUUGUUUCGUAUACUUGAUAUGUAUGAUGCGCUGGCUGAAGUGGCGCCGGAGUUGGAAGUGUUGUUUGGUGAUGAAUCCGGAGAAUUGGUUUGUAUGGAGGUGAAGGGAGUAUUGACUGGACUAGGGGAGGCUGCAAUUGGGACAUUUGCGGAAUUUGAAAAUGCUGUUAAGGGGGAGACCUCUAAGAAACCAAUACAAGGUGGAGAGAUUCAUCCUAUGUGCCGGUAUGUGAUGAAUUAUGUGAAACUACUUGUCGAUUACAGUGAUUCGCUGAAUGGGAUUCUAGAGAACUUUGAGGGAGAAUCAGGUCAUUCAAAUAGUGAUGAUGGCAAUUCAGAAAGCAUGACCCCAAUAGCACAGCGUUUGCUAUCCUUGCUCACCACCCUUGAGUCGAAUCUGGAGGAAAAAUCGAAGCUGUAUGAAGAUAAUGCAAUGCAGUACAUAUUUCUAAUGAAUAAUAUCCUAUAUAUAGUGCAAAAAGUAAAGGAUUCGGAAAUUAGAACUAUUUUAGGAGAUCAGUGGGUUCGAAAAAGACGUGGCCAAAUUCGGCAGUACGCCACUAGCUAUCUGAGAGCUGCAUGGAGCAAGGUUUUGUCUUGUCUGAAAGAUGAAGGAAUUGGUAAUAGUGCAAGUAAUGCCUCCAAGAUGGCACUUAAGGAAAGGUUUAAAAAUUUUAAUGCAUGCUUUGAAGAUAUCUAUAGGAUUCAAACAGCGUGGAAAGUGCCUGAUGCUCAACUUCGUGAGGAGCUUCGAAUAUCAAUAUCAGAAAAAGUUCUUCCAGCAUACCGCUCAUUUAUGGGGAGGUUUGGAAGUCAACUUGAGAGCGGCAGGCAUGCUGGAAAAUAUAUAAAGUACAAUCCAGAGGAUUUAGAGAAUUACUUGUUGGAUCUAUUUGAAGGUACACCUGCCAUCCUGAAUCACAUGAGAAGAAAAGGCACAUAGGCCAAGAUCCUGUAGGAUUUUAUCCUGCUCUGGUAAAGAACCACAUAGAAAUACUUACUGCGGUAUUCCAGCUUGGUGCUUUGCUUCUUAUCUUGUUGGUUUAAUUUUAUCACAGUUUUUUUCCUUGUGAAAAGUAGUCAUAACAUUAUCUGUUUACUAUAUUAGUAUUGUACAUGCAUUAUAAAACUUAUGUGAGAAAACUCAUUAUGGUUCUUACGCUUAUAUCAUAUGAUUUGCAUUAGUAAAGAAGGCCUUGUGAGCAUGAUGCUUUAUGUC